AUGAGAUACCUGGAUACGCUAAUCAGAGAAGAAACACAACUAGCUCAAUCUGACCCGGACGAUCAAAGAGCCAAUACACUUCAACUCAUGAACACCACCGGAACUAAACUGAAAGAUCUAGACAACAUGAUGGGACAACUGAUUAACUACCUGCGGUACAAAAUGUCCAAACAGGAGAAGGUUUUUAUGAUACUUCAAGCCGACAUAGACGCCAUUGAGAUAAAAAAGGCCAUUCUCUUUAGCAUCUUUAGCGAAUACAUUACUGAUGCUUAUCCAUCACCUCCAAUAAAGAGCGUCGACGACCUGCUAGCCAUAACGGAAAUAGUUCUGAAUAGAAAUAAUAUAACACUCAUACCUACUACAACUGUGCCUGAGCACACAGCUCCAACAGAAAGACCCCCAACCCCUACCCGUCAUGACAACGAACACAGAGACGCCUCAACAUCUCCACAAGUAGUUUUUGAAAACAUUCAGCCACCUUCACGUACCUGUCCAUCCACAAGAUCUCUACCCCCCACUUACACGGCCACGGAUGAUGCAGACGGAUUCUACGCACCCCAUCCUCUACUCUCGAAGCAAAACCAAGCCGCCGCGAGACAGCCAAGCACUAUUAUAACAACACACAUAUCACAGGCCACCUCUUUCACCUACCGACGUAACUACCUCCCGUUUUAA